GCGCAAGUUACAACCUUGUGAAAGGAGAGCCCCCAAGAGGAACAGCCCGAACGGGGACCACGUUGUUAAGAGACUCAUCCCGGCCAGAUACAUUAUCCCGCCCAAGGGAAAACCAGAUGAAGAAAAAAGGGAAACACCCACGCGGUGGUAGUCAUAGGAUAUAUUAUAUGCGCACGUUUCUACCCCCUGUUCCCUGCUUCUAACGAAGCCGAGCGAAGAAAAGGGCACGAUGCGGCCGUGGGACUACCUAACCUUGCUGAAGCAGAGCACACAGCGGUUCGCCCUCUGGUACAGGACAUCCAGCAUAGGCCACCGGAACUUCGUGUGGGUGUUCGUCGGCUGCUUCUGCGGAUAUGCUUAUGGCACCCUAGAGUAUGUAAGCAAGAAGAAGGGGAAGGGCAUGUAUGCGGAUUUGAUUUACGUGGAUGAAUUUAUAGUUGACCAGAAGAACAUAAAAAAUUUUGAAAUGAGUUACAACCAGCUGAACAUCCACUCGUUCAAGAGCAAAGGGUAUGAAUACACAAAGCUUUUUAAGGCAAUCCAUUUGGACAGCUCCCCCCUCAGCUACCUUCAGCUGAGGCUUUGGAAGAACAGAGACUCCUAUGAGGCCUACCUUAGAAGCGACGCGAUUCGGGGCCUCACCCAGAACAUGAAGAAGCAGUGUCUGUUUCACUCCACAGAUAAGUAUCAAACGGUUGUGGACGACUCGGUUGUGCGCUUGAUUCCGUAGAAGCCGCGUGGGGGGGGCAGCAAGGGGGUGCGGCAGCAGUCCUGCGCCUGUCUCCCGUAUACUGCCUCCCGUAUACUGCCUCCCGUAUCCCUUAUCAUGCCGCUUUUUUU